UAUCAUUCUCUCCAUAUGGGUUUCCCUGAUCUUGGCUCCAUCUGCUCAGACUUCCUCUUCAAAUUCCUGGUGAUUGGCAGUGCGGGAACUGGCAAAUCAUGUCUCCUUCAUCAGUUCAUUGAGAAUAAGUUCAAACAGGACUCCAACCACACAAUCGGCGUGGAGUUUGGAUCUCGGGUGGUCAACGUGGGUGGGAAGACUGUGAAGCUCCAGAUUUGGGACACAGCCGGCCAGGAGCGGUUUCGGUCGGUGACACGGAGUUACUACCGAGGGGCAGCUGGAGCCCUGCUGGUGUACGACAUCACCAGCCGGGAGACGUACAACUCACUGGCUGCCUGGCUGACGGACGCCCGCACGCUGGCUAGCCCCAACAUCGUGGUCAUCCUCUGUGGCAACAAGAAAGACCUGGACCCUGAGCGUGAGGUCACUUUCCUGGAGGCCUCCCGCUUUGCCCAGGAGAAUGAGCUGAUGUUCCUGGAGACUAGCGCCCUCACGGGUGAGAACGUGGAAGAGGCUUUCCUGAAGUGUGCCCGCACCAUCCUGAACAAGAUCGACUCAGGCGAGCUCGACCCCGAGAGGAUGGGCUCAGGCAUUCAGUACGGGGACGCCUCCCUCCGCCAGCUGCGGCAGCCUCGGAGCGCCCAGGCCGUGGCCCCUCAGCCCUGUGGCUGCUGAGACGUGUGUGCGGAGCCAGGACCACCCAUGGCUCCCAGGGUCCAUGGGACAGAGCCGAAGCUCCUAGCCUGGUGUUUGCCCUUGCUAGCCUCACCUGCCUCAACUCACACCUCUCCCCACCACUCAGGCCGCUGCAGAUACUCUGAAGUUCUUCCCAUUUCUCUGGGUCUUUGUUCAUGCUGUUCCCUCUGCAAGGAACACUGUUCCUUUCCUCUCUUCCCUCCUCCCUCUCCUCCAGGAGGCCUUGCUUCCCCUAUGCUUGGUCCACACUCCUUGCUGGGCUUGCAAGGUCCUACAGGAUGAGGUCCCAUCCCAAACUCUUCGAGAGUGUGUAUGUCUUGCCAAUUCUCCCCUGUGCUUUACGCCCCUGCCCCCCUCCACUGCUUCUAGCCAUUGGCGGCUCCAGGGUGGCUGUGGGGAAAGGUGCUCAGACCUUGGAUAUACUUUGAACAUGAUUUCCUGAUGAAUGGAUAUGGCAUUUGAGAGAGAGGAGUCAAGGGUGAGUGUUUUGGGCAGCCCUGUUUCCUUCAUGCAUCUGCAUCUGCUGUGCCUCAGCUGGACGUGCUGGUCCUCCAACCUCCUUUCUUCUGCCAACUGCCCCUCAUUAUCUGGUCUUUGCCAAAAUGACUCUUCCUGCAGGAUACCUUUAUUGGCGUCCCACAUGGGGUCCCUACCUCUAGCCGGGUGGUCUCACAGCUGCCCCCUACUUUUUAAAGCAUUCAGCUCUGAACGCUUGAUCAGUAUUGUGUUUCUUCCCCAUCUGAGAAGGGAAGGAGGUGACAGGUCAGAGAUUCCAGAGCCGGGCUGCCUGGGUUUCAACUCUGAUUCUGUCAUUUCCUAUCUGCGUGACUCUGGGCAAAUUAUUUAACCACUCUGUGUUCUUGGUUUCCUCACCUGUAAAAUGGGGCUAGUAAUAGUACCUACCUCCUCUGGGUGUUGAGAAGAUUAAUUACAUUAAUUCAUGUAAAGUCCUUAGCACAGGGCCUGACACUUAGUAAAGACCUGAUAAAUGAGGGCUGUUUGUUAUUUUUCUUUUUACUAUCCAUUUUAAAGAGUCUGGGCUUUGUAGAAAUGGAUGGGUAUGUAUUCUUCACCGGAGGGCUUAGUAUAGCAUCCAUUUCAGAGUUUGCCCUCAGUGAAUCAAAUGGAGUAAGACAGCGCUUUUUCAAACGUUGUUGACUGCAAUCUGCAGGAGAAAAUACAUUUUAUAUGUCUCGAUCUGAUACAGUUACACACACAUAAAGCUGAAACAUAUUUUCCUAGCACUAAUAUUCUUUUGUUGUUGUUGUUGUUGUUUUUAUUGAGGUGAAAUUCACAUGGCGUACAUUAGCCAUGAAAAUGUUCCAAAACAUUUUCGUUGCCCUAAGGAAACCCCAUACUCAUUAAGCAGUCACUCUCCAUUCCGCCCCUGCCCCCAGCCUCUGACACCCACCAGUCUGCUUGCCGUCUCUAUGGACCAAUACUCUUAUUACAUAUGAUGCCCCUCUGAUAUUUUCUAUUCUAUUUUACUCUAUUUCAUUGAAAAAUUGCCCGAGGCAAUUUUUUGGCAAACUGAUUUCCCAACCCACUAAUGCAGUGCUGCACGUUGAAAUCACCUGGAGAGCUUUAAAAGAGUUUGAUGCCUGGGCCUCACCCCAGAGAUUCUGAAGUGAUUUCCAGAUUUCUAGAAGCUCCCAGGUAAUGCUAUAUGUAGCUGAAGCAACAACCACUAACUGAAGGUGUCUCCUCAGUUUGGAAAACACUGGAAUGAGCCAGGGCAAUCCAGGAGCAUAGAGGGACACAGAGAUGCCAAGGUGGGGACAUGAAAUUUAGAUACUAAGAUAUCCCUCUGCAGACUUAAGGGGUCAGCUCUCUGAGACAAACAGGGAGAUGCAAGGCCCUCAGAGACAGCCCCAAAUUACCUGCAGACGAGAAACAGAAAAUCAGACAAUGUAGAAAGUCUGGAAGAAAGAGAAAGGUAUGGACAGACACACAGGAGGGCAGGAAGAUACCCAGAAAUGAGACAGAGACACCAGCCAGGCAGACCCAGGGUCCCUUUAGUUCACCACACACUU